AGGGCUCCAGGGCUGGGGGGGGUGUUCUGUGGGGCUUCCUGGGACUCACCCUCCGUGCCUUCACCCCCCUUGGGUCACACCGUGAGCUUCCUGCACCGAGUUCCCCCGAGCUGGACACCAGAGGGAGAAUUGCACCCACAAAGGCAGCAGAGCACCCCGACUUCCUGACUGCAGCAACUCUCAGCCAGCAGGGUAACAGCCGGAGGGUUAUGAGAAUAGCCUUACCACUGAGAACAGAAAGUUACAGCAAAGACCAGCUGGGUUAGUCCAGAACCCAGAGCCCUCUGACCCCUCUUCAGUCCCAGUCCAGAAGCUUCCCCUGGGUAGCCCAUACUAACCAACCCCACCUGGCCCCUCCCCAGUCCUUUCUCCGCCAGCUGUGUCCUAAGGCGGGGGGACACCCAGGGUCCUUUGUUCCUGGGUGCCAAAGUCUGGGCAAUUGGAGUGGCCAUUGUGGUCUGGGACUCUUCCUGGGCCUCCAGGCCCCAGGCAGCCUGGGUGGGUCAUACCUGUGUGUCUGGGUCCCUGCAAAGAGCAAACAACCCUUUCCCUCACCUAGUUACCCAUGCAGCAGAUGGGGAAACUGAGGCACAGACAAUAGCCAUCCAAAAUAUUAUGAAAAAUUCCCACUGCGACACAGCCCAGCCCAGUCCGCUGGGUGGGGCCUCCCUCCCUCCCCACCUGCUCGCAGGUGCUGCUAUAAAGCUCCAGCCCCAAAGCCGCUCCCAGUUCCCAAUUCCUGGAUUGUCGAGAGCCCUGCGGGCUAACGGGAGGCGCAGCCCCACCAGGCGAGGCAGAGAGAGACAGAGCCCGGUGCUGGGAAACCUGGGGCCAAGCCCCGACCCCACCAGCCGCCAUGAAGCCCAGAAGCCUGAGCACAGAUGCCCUGCGGCUGGGUCUAGUCCUGCUGCUGCUGGCCAAAGGAAACACGAUCGCCAACACGGCCACAGCCGGCACGGCACCCGCCAGCGACACGACCACCCCCAUGCCCCAAGGGGACACAACCACCCCGGUCCCCCUCGGUGACACAACCACCCCGGCCCCCCUCGGUGACACAACCACCCCCACACUCCCCGGUGACACGACUACCCCCGGGCCUCCCAGCGAGACGACUACCCCCAGUCCUCCUGGCGACACGACUACCCCUGGUGACACAACCACCCUGGCACCCCCUGGCGACACAACCACCCCUGAGCCUCCCGGCGACACAACGACCCCGGCACCCCCUGGUGACACAACCACACCCACACUCCCCGGUGACACGACUACCCCUGGGCCUCCCAGCGAGACGACUACCACCAGUCCUCCUGGUGACACGACUACCCCUGGUGACACAACCACCCCUGGGCCUCCCGGCGACACAACCACCCCUGAGCCUCCCGGUGACACAACCACCCCUGGGCCUCCUGGCGACACAACCACCCCUGAUACUCCCGGCGACACAACGACCCCUGGGCCUCCUGGCGACACAACCACCCCUGAGCCUCCCGGUGACACAACCACCCCUGGGCCUCCUGGCGACACAACGACCCCUGAGCCUCCCGGCGACACAACCACCCCUGGGCCUCCUGGCGACACAACCACCCCUGAUACUCCCGGCGACACAACGACCCCGGCCCCCCAUGGUGACACAAGCACCCCUGGGCCUCCUGGCGACACAACCACCCCCUCACUCCCUGGCGACACAACUACCUUUGGGCCUCCUGGCGACACGACUACCCCCGGUGACACAACCACCCCGGCCCCCCUCGGUGACACAACCACACCCACACUCCCCGGUGACACGAUUACCCCCGGGCCUCCUGGCGACACGACCGUCCCUGGCGAUGUGACCGCCACCAAAAUUGCAAACACCACUCCCCCCGGCAGCACCAACACGACCUCAACCCGGAGCCCCUCCACGACAGUCGUGAUCCGAAUCUCUCUCUUGUUCCGCAUUGUGAACAGGAUCUUCGACAACUCUCUUCUCGACCCCAACUCCAUUAACUACCUGAAGUUGCAAGUCACUAUCCAGAUCAUGUACGGCAAGAUCUAUGGCUGCCCAACGUGCCCGAAUGGGCAGAACUACCUGGGAUUGACUGAUCUGCGUUUCAGCCAGGGCUCGGUGGUGACAGAGUCCGUCCUGCUGUACCGAGUGAGCGACGACACCAGCUUCAGCGCCGCCGACAUUGAGCAGCAGCUGAGACAAAGGCUGGGCAGGAAUAACAGCUUUGAUGGGCUCCAGCUGGACAGUAUCCGCGCCAGUUUUAUCGGAACAAGUUCGCCCACCUCGGCGCCAGCACCCCUGGUGCCCGGCUGGGGCAUCGCCCUGCUGGUCCUGGUCUGCAUUGGGCUGGUGCUGAGCAUUCUCCUCUUCAUCCUGCUGAUCGUCUCCAUGUGCUGCAGGAGGAGCCAAGGGAGCCUGGAUCUGUUCAGCUCAACGACCUCGUACCAGACCAUGAGCAAGUAGCAUGAAGCGUGCCCCCUAUGAUGAGAUCGCCGCCGGCAAAGGCACCAACGCCUUCUACGCCAACCCUGCCACAUCACAGAAUCUCUAGGGGGCCACCCCGAGGACCGGCGGGAGCAGAGCUCCCAGCAUCGCCGCGUGCUUCCUGCAGCUGGACUCCAGGGUGCCGGGCAGGGCGACAAGGCAGCCCCGGGCAGGGGUUUGCUGCACAGGGGGUUGGAUUCACAAUUGGGGAGGGGGUGACUGCCCCCCCGACCCUGCAACCCCUGGCCCUGCGAUUGGGCCACAUGGGGCGAGCACUAAUGGGGCAAAUUCCUCUCCCGCUCCACAAGGGAGAGCAAAGGGGCUGCCCCAUAUAUCCCCCCCCAAGCCAACCAGCCUGGGCAGUGCAGGGAGUGGGGCAGGGACUCCCCAGGGGUUGCGUUGGCCUGCACCGCUGGCCUGGGGCUCUGUUUUUGUACCUGUGAUCUAUAACCACGCCGUUCUGUGAUGGCCGCCCCGCUGUGACGGGGAAGUGGGGGUCACAAUGUCCUUGGGAAGGUCUGUAUUUAUAGGGGUGCACAAUAAAGGGAUCUGUGAUGA